AUGAAAUGGGAACAUGGAACUAGUCUCUUGGCUAUCAUAAAAAAAGCAUGGCUUAAUGUUAUCAUGUUACUUUACUUGUCAACGUUUACUGAGGAAAAUAACUCCUCUUUUCCGUUGAAUACUGACUUAUUAGCCGCAACAUUUAUGGAACAAAUAAACAGUUUGGAGAAAGCUGGAUACAUUUGGCAACCGCUGUCACGACGUAACCGAGAAAUUCGAUUAAGCCCAGCCAAAAUAAUUGAACCACCAAACAAUGUGAAAGUGAUAAGUGGAGAAACCGCUCUUUUCUUUUGUCGUGUUGGGGGGAAUCCAACUCCCACAGUGAAUUUUCUACUUGACCGUCAGGUUAGCCGAACAGCUCCUGGGGUGGGUGGAGUUCUGAAUAUCCCUGAUGGAAGUUUGCUACGUUUAACCAAGGUACAUCGUGGACAGAAUGGUUUGCAAGUUCAAUGCAUAACAAGAAAUCAUGUUGGAGGAGACAGCGCUUCAGCCUAUCUCACUGUAUAUGACACCAAUGACCGUAUACCUGAUGGUUAUCCGGUAAUCAAUGUACCACCGAAAGCCAGUUCAGCCGCAGUUGGUGACGUAGCUCGGAUGGACUGCGAAGUUUCUGGACAUCCUCAGCCUAUCGUAGUUUGGCUCAAGAAUGAAAUUCCCAUUCGUAAUACUGAUAAGCGGAUUACACUUGUUGGUACUGGCUCAUUGUUAUUUGAACAUUUACUGCUAUCAGAUGAAGGGCAUUAUGAAUGCCUAGUAUCCAACCAAGCCGGAUCAGUAAUAAGUUCUAAAGCGUAUCUAAAAGUUAAAAAUACUUACUUUGUGCCAAAGAUAAUCGAUAAAGUUGAUCAAGUUGGAGUACGUUCUGGACAUAAUGCGAAUUUAACUUGUCGGGCAGCAGGAAAUCCAGCUUCAACUACAAGAUGGCUUACUGAUAGUGAACGUCCCAUUACAGAUUACACCGAAGGCAUAUCUACACUAUAUUUGGCUGACAUUACAGAGCCUGCAAGAUAUAUUUGUGAAGCAAAUAAUAGUCUAGGAACUGUACAACAUCCAGUUAGAGUUCAGAUAAUAGAAGUUCCUUCACCACCAACCGAUUUAGUGUGCUUGGAAAAGGGACCAACAUUCGCCUUUCUACAAUGGCUGCCUGCGAAACCAUCGUCUAGCUCACAACAGCCUGCUUCACGUGCCGUUGAUUCCUACACAUUAUUCUUAACGGAAAUGGAUAAUGCACAAACAAUUGCAAAUAAAAAGCAGUUAACAGAUAUUCCUGCACGUCAGUUUCAUUUGCAUGGAGCAUUACAGUAUAAAUUAACGGACCUAAAACCAUAUACAAUGUAUUCAGUAGAAGUGUGCGCAGUCAGUAAUCUUUUGGGAAUGUCUGAUCCAAGUAAUAAAAUCAAUUUUAUGACAAAAGAACUGCCCCCGAGUUCGGCUCCAUACUCCAUUGAAACGGUAACAACGUCUGAUGACUCAGUUUUGGUCAGCUGGAAACCACCGAAAGAAGCAAAUGGAAAGAUAAUUGGUUAUCAUGUUUUCUAUCAUCGAAAUCCUCAAACUCCAGUUAUACAAUGGCAAAAGGUUGCGACCCAGUUUGAAAGUGUCAAACUAGAAAACCUUUUUACUUCAGAAACUUAUCACAUACGCGUGGGUGCACACAAUUCAGCUGGUGAGGGUCCUCUAACAGAUUCAUACCCAGUAUUGGUCAAAUUUGGAAUCCCAUCACAACCUCGUGACUUCAUCGGUUUAAGCUUUAAUCCCAAGGAAAUACACUUAAGUUGGACAGCACCUAAUCUUCCUGUGAAGACUAAACUACAAGAUUAUUUAUUAAAGUAUCGUUUGGCUGCUGAUGGCACUUCUAAUAGAGAAGAACAGCAGCAACCUAUGGAUAUAAAGCUGUCUCCUGACCUUACGGAGUAUCUUAUGGAAAACCUAGUCCCAAAUUCAACAUACCACAUUUCUUUGGCUGCUCGUACAAAAUUUGGCUCUGGGAUAGCAGCACAGAUAAAAGUUCAAACUGACAGUAACGUCCCAGGAGCACCGAUUCUACAUGAACUCAGCAUCUUGGAUUCAUUUAGUAUACGCAUUCGAUGGUUAGCACCUCAUGGAGUUUUAGACAAUAUUAAUGUUUCACAGCAUCUUCGUCUAUUGAGUAAUUCGCUAUCCAAGGCUGAAAGGCCAUCAAAAGUCCUACAUUAUUUAAUACAAUGGUCAGCUUUUCCAUUUACAGACUGGGAACAAAAUAAGGUAUCUAUUAAUUAUUUAUACCCUGCGCAACAAAUUUACGAGUAUAUCAUCCAUGGCCUUUUAUCGCGUACUGCAUAUCGUAUUAGAAUAAUGGCUGUUGGGUCAGAAGGAAUGGGUCCUGCCCUUGAAUUAGGCCCAAUUAAAACUAAAGGUCAAGUUCCAUCUGCGCCACGUAAUUUACGUCUCAAUCAGUUACGAAGAGCAACUCCACCGCUCGCAUGGGAUCCACCUGAAAGAACGCAUGGAGAUAUUCGUGGUUAUCAAGUUUCUCAUCGGUUAAUUGGUCCAGUUGACAUAUUUUACAAUUCGGCAAGUCGUUUGGAUACGGAAUCAAAUUCGCGCAUUCCGGCUAAACCAGUCAUUAGGAAUGUUACACAAACAGCAUACACUUCAGUCCUCGCAGAUGGAAUAAAAUUCGGUAGAACCUACCAGUUUGAAGUUGCUGCUUAUAAUGGAGUUGAUCUUGGUCUUCCUGCUCAGCUGAAUAUCAGUACACCGGAAGACGUACCCGGAAGCUAUUCACUACAUGUUCGUGUCAAAGGUCUUUCAGCCACAGCCAUCGAGGUCUCAUGGACUCCACCUUCAAAACAAAAGUGGAAUGAAGAAAUUACAAGCUAUCAGGUACGUUACUUUCAACCAAGUGCACCGAAUGAAACUGAAGUUAUUACAACGACCCAAGAACCAAGGUUACAAAUUGAAAAUCUUAAAGAACGUACAUUCUAUACCGUGUUGGUGAGGGCACUAACCAAAAAUGGGCCGGGUCCAUGGUCAGCAGCCAGCACAAUUCGUACCACUGCAGAAUUGCCUGAACCUCCUUCACAAAUUAAUGGUCUACGCAUAAAUCCACGACAAAUAAAAGUCACAUGGAAUACAAUGCCUGUGGGCCCUAUUACAAAACCUCAGGUACCAAUAACUGGAUUUCGGAUAUUUUACUCUACGAACGAAAAUACACAAGACUUAAACACCUGGCAAGUUCUGGAUGUAGGUCCUGUAACGAUGGCUACAUUAGACCUAUUGGAUCCACAAAAAGAUUAUGUUAUAAGAAUUAAGUCAAGAGGAGCUGAUCGAAGACAUGGGCGAUUAAGUGAACCUAUCCAUGUUGGAACGUACAAUCCAAAUGAAAUUGUUGGAAUAGCCAAAGAAAUUAAUAAUCUACCUGGAUCUGGACCAGAAGAUCUACAACGAAUCAGUCAUUUAUCAUGUGCUUGGAUUCAGACACUUGAAACCGCCAAACCUGGAGAAGCAAGUCUCAAGAUUUCAUGGAGACGUCCUCAUCAAACAGAAGGCCUCUAUCAGUUUGAAAUUCAGCUACUCGGUUCAAAAACGUAUACUGAUGAACGUAAUCAUCCACAUCGCAUUUUGUAUGAACCACGAUCAGUUGAAGUUACAACGUCAAUGCUAGAAGAAUCUUCAAGUUCUGCUUUGAAUACGAAUGGUAAUUACUUUUCGCCUACAUCAGAAAACUCGCAGUAUGAGUUAGUAAUUGAUGAACUAGAAGCAAAUACAGUAUAUGAUGUACAAAUCAAACCUGUUUAUACAAAAUCUGACCAAAGUACGAUCAAUGGGAUUCUGACUCCAGUUGGACGCACGAGUUGUAGGACACAGAUGCUCCCUCCACUUAUCGUUCCUCGACCAAUACCAGCUAAAGUAAGACCAGAAACAGGACAGGUAGUUAUGAGAACAUUCCGUGUCUCCGAAAGUCUUGGUCGUAUAAGAAGAUACUAUUUGAUCUUAUAUAAAGUGUCACCAGUAGAUUCAUCAAAUUUAACUCCGAAAUCAAAAGAAUUUAACUGGCCACAAAAGCUUCAUGAAGCAUCACAGUCCUGGGAUCCAAAUAUCUUUAUUGCUGCUGAAUAUAGCCAAGAAGCAUUUAUUGAACCACACCUUGAAGUGCUGUUAAAUUUACCAACACCUACCGAAAUCAAACGGCGUAAACGGAUGACGGUGAAUAAAAUGAAUAUUUCCAGUAGUCAGGUUCACCAAAUACAGUAUGAUAAACCAUUGGCCUCCGAGAAGUUAACUACCCUCCCAGAAGUUUUAGUCUAUGGUAGACAGCUGAUAAAAAAUCAAAAGUAUAAAGCAUUUGUCUUAGCCUGUAUCUAUCCAAAUAUGCUACCUCUAGGUGGGAACACAAAUGUUAUUUCCUCUGGAUCAAGUGCACUAUUAGACUCUCAUUUAUACAGUAGGGAACAGACAUUAGAAGAUGAGGAGAAUCUCUCCAUAGAUCUAUGUACACCAAGUUUAUGGUCAGUCAACUUUCAACCCGACCAGGCUAUUGCAUAUACUGAUACACAAAUUGGCGAUAUGUAUGCCAGUGAAGUAAAUGAAAGUGAUAUCAGUCAAACCAGUGCCAUGAAAAUAUCAAAUUCCGACUCGUCAAAUGAAUUCUUUGCUAAACUUGCUGGUAGCGCGAAUUUUUUCACCAUAACACUUAUUGUGGUCAUCGCAGGCCUUAGUAUAAUUGCUACAAUUUGCACUGCUAUUGGAUGCUUUAUGAGAAGACGACGAACGAAACCCAAUGAUAAUGAAAUGUCGAUAACUUUAACUCCAUCAGAUGGCAUGUUAAAAACACCUCUAAUGCCGCAAUCAGUUCAGAACUUUUCAGGUACUAACGGUGCUGUUGAACGUGAACAAAUGGAUCCUGAAACACCAGAGGUUUUCCAACCGGUCAGUUACAAAAUAAACAAUCCCACACCAGUCCAUACCCCCGUUCGCUCUGCCAUACCAAUCUCACGUCUGCCAGAACAUGUAGCUAUGCUGAAACGAGACAGUGGAAUAGCUAUAGCAGAUGAAUAUGAAAGUAUCGAAACGCGAACGGAUUUGACUUGGAAACAUGCAAACAUGGAAGAGAAUAGACCGAAAAAUCGUUAUGCAAAUGUCAUUGCAUACGACCAGUCACGUGUUAUUUUAAGCGAAAUCAGUCACAUACCUGGUUCCGAUUACAUUAAUGCGAACUUCAUCGAUGGAUAUCAAAAGAAAAAUGCUUAUAUUGCAACUCAGGGUCCACUACCAGGAACAUUUUACGAUUUUUGGCGAAUGGUGUGGGAACAGAACAGUCGUGUGAUUGUUAUGAUGACACGCUUAGAAGAAAGAGCACGUAUAAAGUGUGACCAGUACUGGCCCAAUCGAGGAAAAGAGGUAUUCACCUACCAGCAACAACAACAAAACCAACAACAAGAACAUAACACUAAAGUAAAUUAUGAAGUUAAUAAUGCAUCAGUACCGACAUAUACUGUGAUUACAAAAGAUACACAAGAAUUCGCCUAUUAUACGCUGCGUACAUUCAUUUUACAGCGCGGUAGCGAAACUAACCCAGUAGAAUCUGAAUCAAGAGGUAUGAAUGAACACCACCGUUAUAUUGAUCCAAACUUGAAUAAUGAACAAAGAGAAAUUAAACAAUUUCAGUUUACAGCAUGGCCUGAUUAUGGCACACCAGAUUAUCCUCAACCAUUAUUAAUGUUUAUACGACGUGUCAGUCAAGUACGUUCACAUUUGAUUCAUCAUAUGCAACAAGAACGUUUAAUUAACGAUGAUAAAAAUGCUUUAAGAGAUUUGAAAAUAUCUCAUUCAAACGAUAUUCGUAACUCAAUGAACUUAAACUUGUCAGAUGAAAUUGGGCCACUUAUUGUACAUUGUUCAGCUGGAGUUGGGCGUACAGGUGCAUUCAUUGUGAUUGAUUCUCAGCUUGAACGACUAAAACACGAAAACUCAGUAGAUAUAUUUGGAGCAGUUUGUCGAAUGCGUGCUAAAAGGAACUUCAUGGUGCAAACAGAAGAACAGUAUGCAUUUUUAUAUGAUGUAUUCAUUGAGGCAGCUGAAGUACAUGGGACUGAAGUUACAGCACACGGUCUGUACAAUCAUGUUGUAAAACUGCGUCAACCUGUACCUACAUAUGUGUUAGCGCGUUACAAUUUAUUACCCAACGGUAUCCAAGACGGUAGACUUAACGGUAAUAGUGCAAACACUAAUCAUAUAGCACCAUCCAUAAAAAUUUCAAGUUUGGAAUUAGAAUUUAAGAGAUUAAACCGCAAUCUACUUAACAAGCGCCAAAUAUCUUCAGCACUGACAAAUGAAAAUCGAACUAAAAAUCGAGAUCUUGAUAUACUUCCUUACGAAUCUAACCGUGUUUGUUUGUCACUAAUCCGUGGAACCACUGGAUCAGACUACAUCAAUGCGAGUUAUGUUGACGGGUAUCGUAAGAAUAGAGCUUAUAUCGCAACACAAACACCUCUACCGAAUACGGUGGAUGACUUUUGGAGAUUGAUUUGGGAAUGCAAUUCACCAAUUAUAGUUGCAUUUAGUGAUAAUCGGGAUAUGAAUUCGGUACCAAAUGACACAAAUCAGUACUGGCCAAGUGACAGAUCAGUCAGAUAUCAAAAUUUAAUGGUUGAACCUAUGGUUGAGUAUAAUAUGCCACAUUUUAUUUUACGCGAAUUUCGAAUCACUGAUACAACAGAUAGCCAGUCACGUACUUUAAGACAAUUUCAGUUGCAUGGAUGGCCACAUGACAGUGUUGUACCGAAGUCCGCUGAGGCUAUCAUUGAUCUGAUUGGUCAGGUACAUAAAACCCAAACUCAAUUCGGACAAGACGGCCCAAUAACUGUACACUGCAAUACGGGAUCAGGAAGGACCGGUGUAUUUAUAUGUUUAAGUCUUUUGUUAGACAGAAUGAGAUGUGAAGGAAUAAUUCAGGCGUUUCUCACUCUUCAAGUGUUACCAUUUCCAGCAAUUCAGAUUGGUAGUACUGAAAACAUUUGUUGUGGUGCAAGUAAUUAA